AUGGCAGCAUCAAGGCUUUUAUCUUUUGGUGAAAAGAUUAUUAAGCCUAAUUGUCCUACCCCUUUUUCACUUGGGCGUUACAAUCUUUCUGUAAUUGAUCAAAUCAUGUUUCCAGUCUACAUGCCAAUUGCAGCGUUUUAUCCUUUCCCCUCAAAAACACCACAACAAGUAUCCAACAUUAUUGAAAAAUCACUAUCCAAAGUUUUGUCGUCUUACUAUCCAUUUGCUGGAACACUCAGAGAUAACACUUUCGUCGAUUGCAAUGACAGGGGAGCCAAAUUUAUGAACGUUCGAUACGAUUGUCCAAUGUCUGAGAUCGUCAAUCUUCCCGACAUUGGCCCUGAAUAUCUACCCUUUCCUAAAGGUGUACCUUGGGGUCGAACUUCAGACGAGAAAAGUUUACUUUUUGUUCAAUUAAGCCAUUUUAAUUGCGGCGGAUUAGCUAUAAGUGCUAGCCUAUCACACAAAAUUGCUGAUGGAUGCACACUCGCCAAUUUUAUUAGUGAUUGGGCUUCUAUAGCUUGUGAUCACAACGCGAAUAUACCGUCCCUUCAAAUGAUCGGAUCGUCCAUUUUUUCAUCAUUCACUAACAUGUCAUCCACUGAAAGUCACAUGGAUACUGUGGUUGAUGAAAUUGACAAUCAACCCCUUAGUAGAAAAAGGUAUGUAUUUUUCAAUUCUAAACUCGAGAAGCUGAAAACUCAAGUGGAAUCAGAAACAGGGGUGCAAAAUCCAACCCGACUUGAAGUGUUGUCCGCACUAAUUUACAAGUGUGCUGCAACAGCAGCUCGAGCAAACUCGAGCUCCUUUAAACCAUCCAUGUUAGUACUAGCUGUGAAUGUACGUCCAAUAUUGGAUCCACCACUACCAACACGGGCAAUAGGGAAUAUUCUUACUAUGAUCAAAGUGACAGCAAUGAGUGAGGAUGAAAUGACAAUUGCCAAAGUGGUUCGCGAGAUAAGAAAAGCUAAAGAUGAAUUGAAGAAGGAGGACCAAGUGAAGGAAAGCAAGGUGAUGUCGCUUUGGUCUGAGUUGUCAUCGAUGGGUAAUGAAUUUGAAUUGUAUAGAAGUACCAGUGUUUGCAAUUACCCAUUGAAUAACUUGGAUUUUGGAUGGGGAAAGCCAAACAUGGUAACAAUUCCAGUAAUUGGGAUUGGAAACAGCUUCAUUUUUAUGGAUAAUCAAAGUGGAGAUGGGAUUGAGGCAAUUGUUGCAUUACCAGAAAAAAACGUGACUCGAUUUGAGAAUAGCAAAGAGCUCCUCGAGUUUGCUUCUCCAAUUGCUAAUCUUAAUUAA